AUGGAGAAUGCUUGGAACAACAUGAAAAACAAGAUUCAAGAAACAAGACCCAAUGAUAUCAACAACCUAAAUGAGGCACUGAAGAUGCUGUGGUGUAACACAGACCCCACUUAUUUCAGCAACUUUGUUGAAUCCAUGUCCAAAAAAUUUACUAACAAAUAUUAUUGCAAAUCACCUAAACAUUCCAGUGAGGAUGAGAUUGAGGAUGCAGUGGAUCCAGUCAACGAGUACCGUGAUGAGGAGACGAGCCCCAAGACAGGUGGAAAGGCUUCCCUGGGUGGCAGUGGCAUUGGUAGUAGAGGCAACUCCGCCCCAGUCAAGAAGUCGUCUAAACCCUCCAAGAUGGUGGACCUCGGGGCUGCAGCCACCUUCGGCAGAGACGGAAAUAGCACACAAUCGCCACAGACCACACCCUCAAAGACGAAGGCCCAAAACAAUGACCUCCUUGAUAACCUCUUUGGAAGCCAGGCAAGCAACGGGACCUCCAGCCCCUCCAAAACCUCACCAACUAGUGCAGAGGAUGACUUUGACCCAAGGGCGGGUGAGGCAGGAGGCGCAGAGAAACCAGACUUUGGAGACUUCAACUCAGCUUUUGGCAAUGCUACUGCACCAGCAAAUGGGAAUAGUGAUUUUGCUGACUUCUCAAACUUCAGUCAAACUACCCCAGAACCUCCAGGUGGCUCCUCCAAUGCCUCCCUGCUGAUGGGCAUCUCUGCCCCCACACCUGCUGCUGCCCCAGCUUCCUCUGCCACCUCCCCUGUAGCCCCUGCUGCCCCUGCCCCUCAUAGUAGUAACAUGGACCUGCUGGACGAUUUGUUAGGCUCGGCCACCACCUCGCCCUCCUCCUCGUCUGUUGCGGCAGUCCCCCCUUCCACCCCCAGCGUAGCUUCAUCCGAUCUUCUUGGGGGGCUUGGGGGGAGCCUGGGUGGGGCCCUCACUCCCACCCCAGCAGCCACCUCCCCUAUCAUGCCUGUCAGCACCAUGCCAGGUGAGUGGGAUGCUGAUGUUGUCUCCGUAUUUCUGACUGACCAUUGUAUCUCCUUUCUCUCUUUCAUUUUUCUUUCCUCUAAAUCUCCUUCCUUUGUCUCUGUCCCUCUUCCUGUUUAUAGUUAUCAGUCUUACUCAGUUUCAGCAGUUUUUUUCUUAUGUUAGUUUUAUGAAAUACAGGAAAAGUUGAUGUACAGUCACUUUGUAGCAAAGACUUUAAGACUUUUCACUGUUCCAACCUUGCAUGUGACAGGAGUUGUUUUAAAAGUUCCCUGUCUGUUCUUCAGGUUUCAUGAAUAUUGAAAUUACAGUAUGGUUAAUGACCCAGUUUGAUAACCUUUUGAAUAUAUUUCCUUAUUUUAUUUAUUCAUUUUAUGUAUAUAUUUUUUACUGAAUGAGCAGCAGACUUUCAUAAUUUUCAUUGAACAUCGGUAUUAUAUUUUUGUUUUUGUGAUGGUUAAUAUUGAUUUUAUUUACAAACUAGUAUCAUUUUCUUUGAGAGAACUCAGUGCCUUGAAAAAAAGUUCAAAGUAGAUUUUUAUUCCUUUGUACACACUGCCCGAGACCCCUAUACAACUGCAUGAGAAAUGUGGAGUGAGAUGAAAAAGAGAGUGAGAAAAGUAUAGGUGUCCUUAUCCUUUUAAUAAAUAGUUGUUUAUUGUUAGUAGUUUUCUCCAAUUUCUUAGAAGUUCUUUGUUAUUUCAACUCAACUGCUAUAACAAAAAUGAUUAGUA